GACUCGUCAGCUUGCAUUGCUAAAAUAAUCCGUGCAGUCGAAGGUUCUGGGCAGAAACGGGUCGUCUAUGCGUUUGGAGGUCAUUUUGUGCAGCUCCUGGUCAAUGAGCCGAAGAUUCAGCCUGUUGAUGAAAACCUCGUGUUGGCUUUGGGUGCAGUUGGGGCAGCUGCAGUGAGCCCCGCUGGCUUCUCUGUUUCCAGGUCUGAAUCUUUCCUUCCAGAAGGAACUCAGCAGAAAUCAUCAAAGCAUGUCUGAAAUGUGUGGCCUCAGGUUGGCUUCCACUGGAAGGAUGCUGGCUGCUCUGGUAUUUAUUCUGCUGCGUUUCCAGUCUGGACAUGGACAGACCUGCACAAAUGGAUUUGUAUUUGACGGCAGGUUAAGAGAAUGUGCAGAUGUGAACGAGUGCGCCAUCUUGCCUCGAGCUUGCCAAGGAGAUAUGCGGUGUGUCAACCAGAUCGGAGGUUAUCGUUGCAUCCCCAUUGGCUUAUACGACCGGCCUUACAGCCCAAACAGCCCGAUCCUGCCAGAACUGAGCUACCCCAACCCCCCUGAUGGAGCUGCAGACACCUUCCAGCCAGCUCCUCCAAGAUCCGUGGAGCCGAGUUACCCCAGAGUGAGGAGCCCCGUGUUGUGCACCCUGGGAUACGCUCCUGCUGAUGAUGGCACCUGUAAUGACAUCGACGAGUGUGAGGCAAACUCCCAUCACUGUAACCCCACCCAGGUGUGCAUCAACACAGCUGGGGGCUACACCUGCUCCUGCACCGAAGGCUACUGGCUCAUCGGAGGACAGUGCCAGGAUAUUGAUGAAUGUCGUUACGGUUACUGCCAGCAGCUUUGUGCCAACACCCCCGGCUCGUACUCGUGCUCCUGUAACCCUGGCUUCCUCCUCAACCCAGACAGCCGGACCUGUCAGGAUGUGGACGAGUGUGAGGACGAGCCUUGCACUCACAGCUGCUUUAACACCUACGGCUCCUUCAUGUGCAACUGUGACGAGGGCUUCGAGCUGGCGUCUGACGGGACGAGCUGCAUCGACCUGGAUGAGUGCAGUUUCUCUGAGUUUCUGUGCCAGUUCAGGUGUGUGAACACUCCCGGCUCGUUCACCUGCAUUUGUCCACCUGGAUAUUAUUUAUAUGAAGAUGAGAGGAACUGUGAAGAUAUCAAUGAAUGUGACACUGGUAACAACACCUGUACAACAGAACAAGUGUGUUUCAAUUUCCAGGGAGGCUUUACCUGCCUGGAUCCCUUACAGUGUCAGCUUCCUUACAUAGCAGUUAGUGACAAUCAGUGCAUGUGUUCAGCUGAGAACCCCGCCUGCGGGAACAGGCCUUUCACCAUUUUGUACCGACACAUGGACUUGUCGUCGGGCCGCAGUGUGCCUGCAGACAUCUUCCAGAUGCAGGCCACCACACGUUACCCUGGCGUCUUCUACAUCUUCCAGAUAAAGUCGGGCAACGAUGGACGCGAGUUUUACAUGAGGCAAACCAGUAAUGUGAGCGCGACUCUGGUCCUGGCUCGGCCCAUCAAAGGGCCUAAACAGGUGGUGCUGGACCUGGAGAUGGUCACGGUCAACAACGUCAUCAACUUCAGAGGCAGCUCCAUCAUCCGGCUCACGAUAUUUGUAUCGGAGCACCCGUUCUGA